GCUCCUGCGUCCGCCUAUCGAUACCCACUGUGGACCGAACUGACGCAUAGGUGAUUCGGCGGUUCCCUCAGUCAGUGAUAUAGGAUCGACACCAACGACAAUUGACUCUCACCAUGUGGUCCGUUCUUCGAGACUCACUGACCUUGUUGUCACCGCUCCUUCCCGUAGCUGUUCACCAAUCACCCCUUCACCAGAUCAAGGAAUCGGCUCCAUUCGUCGUCGAACAUGAAGCUCCGGUCUCACAUGGGGGAGCUUGGGCGACAGCCUUUGACAUGGCUGCUGAUGCGGUCAGCAAGAUGACCGUUGAAGAGAAGGUCAACCUCACCUCCGCUGUCUUCGGACCUUGCUCUUCAAACUCUGGAGGUGUACCUCGGCUCGGGAUCCCAGGACUGUGCUUCGAUGACGGACCAUCCGGCCCUCGUUACACCGAUUUUGUCACCCAAUUCCCUUCCCCAUUUUUCGCGGCUGCUUCUUUCGACAGGGAUCUUCUGUACAAGAAGGGUCUCCACAUCGGAAAGGAGUUUAGAGGCAAGGGUAUCAAUGUCGCUUUGUCGCCCAUCACUGGUGGACCGUUGGGCAGGUCACCAUACGCCGGCCGAAACUGGGAAGGAUUCUCGCCCGACCCCUAUCUCACCACCCAACUAUCUGGUCUCACCGUCCGCGCCAUGCAAGAUUCUGGCUUGAUUACCUGCUCCAAGCACUACAUCUUAUUCGAGCAGGUCGAAGUCUGCAAAGGUCCGGUUGUCAACGGACAGCGGACCGACUGCCAAUUCCCAUCCGUCGAGAUUGAUGACAAGACAUUCAAGGAGCUCUACCUUCCCAGCUUUGCGGAAAGUGUCCGAGCAGGAACUGGAUCCAUCAUGUGCUCCUACAACAAAAUCAACGGUACUCAAACCUGCGAGAACAGUGUCGCCAUGAACAAGAUAAUGAAGGAUGAGCUAAACUUUCAAGGCUUCAUCUUGAGUGACUAUGGUGCGACUCAUUCGACUGUACCUUCCGCUAGGAACGGUAUGGACAUGGAGCUGCCCGAGGCUCAGUACUUCGGUGACAACCUUAUCAAGGCAGUCAAAGCAGGUGACGUACCCGAGUCUAGGCUGGACGACAUGGCCCGCAGAAUCCUCCUCCCUUGGUAUGCUUCUAGGCAACACGAGGACUAUCCCGCUCCCAAUUUCCAAAAAUACGAUCUUUCCGACGAAUUUGAGCAAGACGGCAUGGUCUUCAAGAACGAGCACGUUGACAACCGAGGCGAUGGGCAUAUCCUUGCUCGAAAGGUUGCCGCUGACUCAACGGUAUUGCUCAAGAACGACGGAGUCCUCCCCUUGAAGGGCAUUCGUCGAAUCGGGAUCUUCGGAUCAGAUGCGGGAGCGCCUCCCACUGUCAGUGGAUGUGGACCAGAUCUGUUCUGCAUUGUCAACUCUGAACGAAGAUACUGGAACGGUACUGUCACCAUCGGUGGUGGAUCGGGUGCUGCCUACCCCGACUACAUCUCGACCCCUCUCGAGGCCAUCUCUCUUCGAGCAAGAAGCGAAAAGAUCCGAAUCGAUCAGUACUUGCAAGACGACGCCACGCACUUUGAAUCCAUCCAGACCGUCGCAGCCGCUUCAGAAGUCUGCAUGGUCUUCGUCAAGGUCUACCUUGUUGAAGGAUGGGACAGAGAUAACUUGCGAUUGGACCACGAGGGAGAAAAGUUGAUCAAGGCAGUUGAGAAGAGCUGUGCUGGCAAGGUCGUGGUCGUUAUGCACACCGGAGGUCAGACCAUCAUGGAAGACUGGAUUGACCUACCCAAGAUUGCGGGAGUCAUUUGGGCCGGUUACCCCGGUCAAGAGAGUGGAAAUGCUCUUGUCGACAUCCUCUGGGGAGAUGUUAACCCCUCCGGCAAGUUGCCCUUCACCAUGGGACGAACGGAAUCUGAAUGGCCCCCAAGCAUCAUCCGCGAGGAGGAAGACGAGACCUACCCUCGAUCCUUCUUCACAGAAGGUCUCGCUAUCGACUACAAAUGGUUUGACAAAUACAACAUUCCUCCCCGCUUCGAGUUUGGCUUCGGUCUCAGCUACACAUCGUUCGAGCUGUCUCAUUUGUCCUUCAAGGAGACCCAUAUCCAAUUGAAUGACACUGUUCAACAGACCAACGAAAAGUUCGCUGGCAAGGCGGAUCUCUACAAUGUUCUGUGGACCGCUUCCGUCAACGUCACCAAUACAGGUGAAGUCGCUGGAGCCGAAGUAGCCCAACUCUACGUCUCAUUCCCCGAAUCUGAGCGAGAGCAGCCCCCGAGACACUUGAAGGGCUUCAGCAAGCCUUACCUUAAGCCAGGUCAAUCAGAGGUUGUCCACUUCCACCUCCGAAAGAAGGAUCUCUCUGUCUGGGAUGUCAAGCACCAGAUGUGGGUCGUCCCGAAGGGUAAAUUCAAGCUCUACGCCGGACACAGCUCGAGGGAUCUUCCUUUAACACUCAAAGUGGACAUGCAAGAGACUCGAUAGAGGACAAUUUUGAAACAGGAGGAGAGAAGGGACAUUCAUUUCGCACAUAUCUAAUCGUUUGAAAUAAUAAAGACAUCAUCUACCCGCAUGGCGAGGCAUGCAAUGUGUGAACGCAUGGG